AUGGAGCCCAAUCUCCUGCGGCUCGUGAUCCCAAUGUUCAGGAUUCCGGCAGAGGUUGAGGAGGAUCCUUCUUCCACCCUCCUUGAUCUCACCGGCUGUCAACUUCACGACCUCGACUCCGUCGACUUGCCUCCCUACCUCACCGAAUUGGAUCUCACCACCAAUCGCUUAUCCGCCUUGGACCCUCGUAUAGCCCACCUCUCUAACCUCAAGAAGCUUUCUCUUCGUCAGAACCUUCUCACUGAUGCUGCCGUUGAGCCCCUUUCCGCCCGGCACGACAUUGCCGGUCUUGAGGUAAUUCAAGUUAUGCUUUUGCCUCCCAUUGCUUUUUGCUUGCUAGAAAGGUUUGGGAAAAUUGGUCCUUGUGUUCUCUAUGCGUUUCCGAAGAGAAACAUGGAGCUGUGUCGGACUGUCGGGUCUCCAAAAGCGCUCCAUGUACCUAGAAAUGAAGUGAUGAAGAUGGAGGAGACUGAUCACUUUCAUGAACUGCAGAUUCUUGAGCUCGGCUCUAACAAAUUACGGAUGCCACUUUGUGCUGGCGUACAUGAUAUAUUGGGUGGGAGCAUGAUUGUGUGCCCUGCGGAAAAGUGGGCAGUGACUUUGCUCGCUGUAGCUUCUAAUGUAGCGUUGCUUGGGUUCUGA